AUGGCACGCUUUCGGGAGAACCCGUUCGACUUUCUACGGGAAGUGAGCCUCUAUAUGUCAGGUACUGGCUGGCGCGCAUACGACGAUGUGAUCGGGCAGCCUAUAUUUUACUCCGGAUUUUCGGAUCGGAUGAAGACGAACAUCCUCGCAAGCUCUCUCUUACGCAGCAAGGUUAAGGAACUGGCCGAAGCCCGAUUAUCGGUAGAAGAGAAGGAGGGCCUCUUAGAUGUGAAGCCGGGCCCUUUGCCGAAGAAGAAGGCCCAUCGGCGGAAUGAGAUCGAGAGUAACCUAAAGGAGGUGGUUGACUCUAUGCUGGACAAUAUGAUUUGCAAGAUGGAGAGCCGGCGGUUUAUCCGCGGCGCAUAUUAUCUCUGCACUCAGCUUCUCACGCGUGCUUAUCACCAAGGAAUUCACGUAUCGAGUGAAGAAGUUCUGCGCUUAAGGUCCGUUGCAGCAGAAGCGGCCAAAAAGAAGCAGUCUAUUGUCUUUUUGCCGUGUCACAAGUCGCAUGUUGACUAUGUUUCUCUCCAACUUAUCUGCUACCGCUUAGGGAUUGGUUUACCUGUCGUCGUGGCAGGCGACAAUCUGAACAUCCCGUUACUGGGGCCUUUCUUGCAGCAUGCUGGGGCCAUGUGGAUUAGGAGGAGCUUUGGAAAUGACCCGUUGUAUAAUACCGUCGUCCAGGCUUAUAUUGAUACAAUGUUGCAACAAGGGUUCAAUUUCGAAUGUUUCAUCGAAGGCGGGCGGUCUAGAACUGGAAAGUUGUUAUCGCCCAAAUUCGGAAUUCUGAGCUUCAUAUUAGACAGUGUGCUAUCCGGCCGUGUGGAGGACACAAUCAUCUGCCCCGUUAGCACACAAUACGAUAAAGUUAUUGAGACUGAAUCCUAUAUUAGCGAGCUUCUUGGUCAGCCGAAGCGCAAAGAGAACCUUGCGGAUUUCCUUUCGUCUUCUUCUGUAUUAUCCCUGAAGCUAGGUCGGGUAGAUGUUCGAUUUCACGAACCUUGGAGUCUGAGGGAAUUUGUCACGCAGCAAUUGUCCCGAUUACCAGACCAGAUUGGCGUAAAUAGUGGCAGGAAACUCAAUUAUGAAGAAAGAGGCCGAAUCCUAAGGACUUUGGGUUAUAGAGUUCUUUCGGAGAUCAAUGAUGUCUCUGUGAUGAUGCCUACAGCUUUGGUUGGUACCGUGCUGCUAACGCUUCGCGGGCGCGGCGUCGGCAAAGCGGAGCUGGUGCGUCGGGUGGAGUGGCUUUGUGAGCGUGUGCGCAUGAAGGGUGGCCGGGUUGCACACUUUUAUAGGUAUCCGACUGAGGUGGUCGUUGAUCGUGCCCUUGAGGUCCUCGGGUCGAAGCUCGUGGGUGUAGUAAGCGGUCUUGCUGAGCCGACAUACUACGCUGUGGAUCGCUUCCAGCUGUCUUUCUAUCGCAACAUGACCAUUCAUUUAUUCAUUACGGAAGCGCUGGUCUCGGCAGCUAUGUACACGAAGGUCAAACGGGGUGGUGGCCCAUCUCAUCAACGAAUUUCAUAUACGGAUCUCUUAAACCAAGUUUCUUUUCUUUCGCAGCUUUUCCGUGGUGAGUUCAUCUUCCCUCCGGAGGGGUUGACUACCAAUUUAGAGAAAACUCUCCAGGGACUCGAGAAAGAUGAUGUUAUCACCGUCUCUAGGGAUUCCUCCGGCACACCUCUGUCCGUUGAGCUAAGCGAUGCGGAACGGCAGUGUGGAAGAGAGAACUAUGACUUCUACUGUUUCUUGAUCUGGCCAUUUAUCGAGGCUUCAUGGCUCGGCUCGGUGUCUCUGCUUGGACUCACCCCUCCAGUCAAUGAACAGAAGGAUAUCUGGAUCGACUUGAAGAAGGCGCAGGAUAGUGCUCAGCUGCUUGGCAAAACGUUGUACCAUCAAGGCGACUUGUCCUAUUUCGAAGCCGUCAACAAGGAGACCCUCAAAAACUCAUACCAACGCUUCGCGGAAGAAGGUAUCAUCCUCGUUCGCAAGAGCAAAGAAUCACGCGCUGCACCUGUGGUGAAGCUUGCACCCGAAUGGACACCCGAACGGGACCCGUCCACCGGCAAGCUAUUGCCUCGUGGACGCCUUUGGGACUUCACCGAGUUGAUUGCUCAGUCUAGGCGCGAGGGGAAAAAUCGUCGAGAUGGCGCAACGGUCUCCUCUCGCGUUCUGAUCAUGACCGACUUGGUCGGCCGUAAACUAUUUGAGAGCGCCGCAAGCCCUGACUUGGAAGACAGCGUAGACGUUUCAGCUCGACAACAGCGCAGAAAAGACAUUACGCCCAGCUCUAAACUUUAAUACUUACUCGUCGCAUGGAUUUUUAUAUUUUGUUACGGAUUGUUUAUAAUCGUUUACUAUUCUAACCCGCCUCCUUG